AUGCUCUCACGUGUUGCUGCUGUCAAGGCACCCAAUAAACACAACCGUCGCCGCGUGACCGGAUCCAGCGGAAGGAGGAGGGAAGGAAGAGUGAGUGAGCAGCAAAUGCCCAACAUGUCCCGGCGUGUGUUUACUUCCGCGGUGCUGCUCCUCCUCGUCUUCGUGUUGAUGUGCUGUGACGUUGGAGGUGCACACGCUGGGGAGAGUAAUGUAAAGAAAGCAGUUGAUGCGUUGAGGGGGAUUAAAUGGGAAGAGCUCGACAAGUGGGAGGAAAUUGACAACGCUGGUGGUAAAUAUGGCUCGCUUUUUAGUCCCAGUCUCGUUGAGGUGCAGGGUCAUGUAUUUGCUAUUGCUGAGGCCCAUUGCACGGAUGGAGGCAAGUGCAGCGACGUCAGCCUUACUGGGAUUGCGUCAAAGCACCUUGAUUUAAGUGGUGUUGGUUCAACGGAGAUCUCGGCGGCGAAUGCAGGUGCGAGUAUCUUUGGCACAGAUCUUCUAAAGGAAGAGUCUGAGGGUAUCAGCGCCAGAAACGGCAUAACGCGACCAACGACACUUGUACUUGGGGACAGUGUCUACAUGCUCCUGGGAAAUUACAGGCGUAGAGCCGCUGGGACUCAACUUACCAAGAUUCAAGGUAAGAAUGAGCGGGGCCUUUUACUCGUGAGGGGAACUGUCGCUGAAGAAAAUGGAAAGAAGAAAAUCAGAUGGAAUGAGACCCAUGUGAUGAACCCUCAAGCCAUAGGAUAUUCUCAUUCCUUGACCGAGUUAAUUGGCGGUGGAGGAUCGGGUGCUGUGAUGCGUGACGGCACGCUUGUGUUUCCCAUGCAGGCCAAAAACAAGUAUGGACAGCACGUUUUACUGUCUAUGAGUUUUAACCCGUCAGACAAAAAAUGGCGGCUUUCAUCCGAGACGCCUGGUAAAGGCUGCAGGGAUCCAACCCUGGUGAAGUGGGAAGAAAACGAAGACGACGAAAGACUCUUCAUGAUGGCUCAUUGUGCUGGAGGCUACUAUGACGUUUACAGGUCCACUGAGAAUGGAGGCAAUUGGUAUACGUUGGGUGAGCCAAUUAACCGCGUGUGGGGCAACUCACACAAUCGAGCAGGGCACGGCGUCCAGAGUGGAUUCACCACCGCAAUCAUUGAGGGAAAGAAGGUGAUGCUCGUCACCGCGCCGGUGUAUGCGAAGGACAAUGAAGGUGGAAAAGGUCGGCUUCAUCUUUGGGUGACGGACAAUGCACGUGUGUAUGAUGUUGGGCCGGUAUCUCGUGAAAAUGAUGACGCCGCCGCCAGCUCCCUGUUGAUGAAGAGUGGGAGGGAUAAUAAGGAGUUGGUUUCACUGCACGAGAAAAAGAAGGGCGACGGAUCAUACAAUCUUGUUGCUGUGCGUCUGACCGAGAAACUGGAGCGGAUAAAGAAAGUGGUGAAGACAUGGGCGGAUUUGGACAGCGCCUUGCAAUCAUGCAGUUCCGUUUCCAUUGGCACUGUCGGCUUGCCAAAGAAGGGUAUGUGCAAUGGUCGUGUUCCCACUGAGAGGCUUGUUGGCUUCUUGUCUGGUAACUCAACUCAGACCGAGUGGAGAGACGAGUACCUCUGCGUGAACGCAACAGUGACGAAUGGGGAGAGAAGGGUUCCCAAUGGAUUGACGUUCAAAGGGUCUGGAGCAGGGGCGGUGUGGCCUGUUGGCGAUAUGGGGCAGACUGUGCCGUACUACUUUGCGAACAACGAGUUCACUCUUGUGGCGACGGUGUCCAUCCACGAGGUGCCGAAGGGAGACAGCAGCUCCAUUCCUUUGAUGGGUGUGAGGAUGAAUGACACCGACAGCACGGUCCUCUUUGGUCUGUCGUACACCCAUGACAAGAAGUGGUUGGCCAUACCUGAGAAUUCCGGUAAUAUGGAGGAUGUUGAUUAUUGGGAGCCAAACAAGACGUAUCAGGUGGUACUGCGAAUGGAUUCUGAUUUUUGGACUGUCAUUGUAGAUAAAAGGGAAAUCCACCACAAGAAAUACGAUGCGAGUCUGUUUGACUUGCACAGGAUUUCACACUUCUACAUCGGUGGGGACAGUAAGGACCAAAGUGCAACGGGCGGCCACGUGACGGUGACCAACGUCAUGCUGUACAACGAGAAACUGUUUGGAAGUGAACUGUAUGAACUCAAUGCCAGCAAAGUCACUAUUCCAUCACUUGGCGCUGAGAAACAACCCACAGGACCGGUGAACGGCACAGGCCUCUCGGUUGCUCCCGAGUCAAACAGUAAAGAAAGCACCGCCAGCCAUGAGGAAUUGACUGAGGAUGAUACUGAUAAACAAGAGGAAGGAAUCGUCCAUGAUUUGGUGCCUGCAGUGCCCCCUUCCACGGUUGCCGGGGGAUCAUCUGUUUCCGAAUCCGCCAUUGCAGCGCAGAGCGCAGAGAAUUCUCUUCCAGAGAACAAUGCCCAGUUUCACCAAGGCGAAACGUCUCAGCAAACCACGCCGCAUGAAGCGAAGGAAUCGAUGCAACGGGAUUCAGAUGUGCAGCCACGAGAACUACCGUCCACGAAAUCAACGGAGGUCGCUGAUGUUGAAGGAUCCGCUGAAAGUAAUGAUACACAACAGCCAGUGGAGGAGGGAGAAGCGGAUGACAGGAGUGGCGGAUCAACGUCUUCAGUGGGUGCAUCAUUGAGUAUGGAUACGGCCACCGAAACAGUUGGCAGUGAGCACCAAGUGCAACAAAGCACUGAGCCUGCUACUGAAAAUGACGACGUGCGAUCCACUGGAACCGGAACCACCGGCGCGGAGGAAAGCCUCAGCCUCGAGGCAGGGGACAGCGAUUCCGAGAGAACAAUGGGCUCAGACAGCAGCCUCACUUCUUCAAAGAGUGACGCCGAACCGACAUCCGCGGAGGACACCGACAACAUCUCUUGGACUGAAGGAGCCGAAUUUUCUUUUGAAGACGUCAAGGAGGUGCCACAGACGGUCGACACCGCACCGGAGAAUACAAACACCACGCCUGGAGGCGAAGGGAUCCCCUCAACAAAAGGCGCGGCACGACACUCGGACAACGACACCUUCACCGGGGAAAUUGCGGAGCUGCUGUCCAUGGGCCUAAACCAUGACAGCACCGUGCAUGUGUGUGUGUCUCGGGUGUUGUUGCUGCUUCUUCUGCUGGGGCUGUGGGGCAUUGUGGCUCUUUGA